CUCGGCCUCGUCAUCGAAAGCGGCUUCCAAUUGCUCGGAAAUUCUCAGCUAUAUGGGGGACUUGGAUGGUGAGCAAAAACAAUUAAUCAAGAAGUUGGUCAACUUUCGCAUGAUCGAUGGUAAAAGAACGAGAGCUCGUGCUAUUGUUUAUCAAACUUUUCAUCGCCCAGCUCGAACUGAACGCGAUGUAAUCAAACUGAUGGUUGACGCCGUAGAUAAUAUCAAGCCCAUAUGCGAAGUGGUCAAAGUAGGAGUCGCAGGUACUCUUUAUGAUGUCCCUGGGAUUGUAGCCAGGGAUCGUCAACAAACCUUAGCUAUUCGUUGGAUCCUUGGAGCAGCUUUCAAAAGACGUAUAAGCUACAGGAUAAGCUUAGAGAAAUGUUCAUUUGCUGAGAUACUGGAUGCUUACCGAAAGAGGGGAAUUGCACGUCAGAGAAGGGAGAAUCUUCAUGGACUGGCUUCCACCAAUCGAAGUUUCGCGCAUUUCAGAUGGUGGUAAAGUGAUACCACAUAAAGAGCUCUUCAGUCAUCUUCUGAAGUCAGAAAUGUUUGACUAGCGCCUUGAUUUUUCUUUUCAAUCAAAACUCUCGCUUUUCUUCAUCUUCAUCUAGAAAGAAAGUCGGCCUUCCUCAGACUCCCCCCUUCAUUCAUUGAGUUGGAGGAAUCCACAGGAGGCCCGCCCGUUAUGCAUUGCAUAAAAUAACCUUUAUUUCUCUUUUGACUCAGGUCGAAUGAAUACGAAACUCGAUCAAAUCAAGAGGCCAUGAAUGAAGAAGUAGUGGGCCUUUCACCUUCUUUCUAGUGACUCGUGGAGCUGAGAAAUCCACUUCAAAGGGAGGGAAGCUAGCUGUCAUCAUCAUCCGGUAGGAAAAAGAGUCGGACUAUGACGUACCAGUCCCUAGUGGUGGUUCAAUUUUUUGAAUCUGCCAAGUCAAGGUCAACGUACGUAGCGUAGCAAACCGAUCAUCUGCCUCUUUCUCGUUCUCGCUCGGAAGCACUUUUCUCCGUACUACUGUACUGGACCUUAUCGAGUUUGUCUUGACUUGUCGAAUCUCCACCACUCCUUUCUUGUCCGGCUCUCGAAGAGUUGAGCUGGCGCUGGCCAGCAACUUUCGUGCCUGAGAAUGGAAGAGGGCCGCAGGCAUUCUUCGUACCUGGUCCAGCCUCACAACCGGUUGGUCAGACGGAAUUGGACAAAGAAAAGAGAGUGCUCGACCGGAACAACGUCAAACCAUAGAACACAGCUCCUUUCGGUCGAACCCGCCUCCAAGCUAGCGCCUUACCUUUUUCGUAUAUAGUCUCAGUGAGAGCUACUGUAGUCUCCCCCGUUGACCUUCUUUUCUAGAUAGAAUCUUCAAUGAGUGGAAAGGACUCCCAGACUUUCUCCGCAGUACGAGCCUCAUACAGAGCCGCGCCCUUGUGAUAUGAUAAGAAGAAAAGGCAAGAGUUUGAUUCUGAAAGUCAAGAAGAAAAGGGGCCAGGCCGCCCUCUUUUCCGCACCAACCCUGAUUGUCAAAUCGGGUGUAUAGCUCAGUUGGUAGAGCAUUGGGCUUUUAACCUAAUGGUCGCAGGUUCAAGUCCUGCUAUACCCCAAAAAAACCACUCAUCGUAAGGAUGCAUAGUAGCGUUCAAAGAGCACUCUUUGGCCUUGAGACUCGCCCCUUUCUCAGAAACAACUUCGCUCGUUGUGUGAGGUCAGGAGUAGUUUCAAACUGGCUCGGUCAUCGAUAGGCCGGCCUUCUCCUUCUUCAUUGGAUAGGGCGCGGGGGAGAGUCAAGUCAAGCACUAGUGAGUUGGGGUGGGACGCACCAAAGCAGGAUUUAGGGCAGUAGUUCGGCUUGCACAUACAUAACAGGGUGACCACGAAAUAAGCAGGCAAAUCGCUCUAGGUGAAUAGAACCUACCUCGGAAAGAAAACUAGAUAGGCUGCUUUCGAAAACUCUUACUGCAGAUCGACAUCGGAGGCGGCCCAAACCUAGGCUGUGACGCUUCCUGUCGAGUACAAUUCAGACUUGAAGUUCGUUGACAGAAAGACAAUUGCUCAAGAAUGGGACUCAGUCUUGAGCAAUUAGAUUCUUGAAUCUAGCAUCAACAUGAAAAGAACAUUACAAAGCUAUAUAGGCAUUGAUCCCAUCCAUCAACCGAGAAAGACACCUACGUUACACUAACUAGGAGCGCGCUUCUUUCUGAAAAAAAAAGACAUUCUGAAA